CCUGGUGAAUCUUAUUUUGGGUACAUCACUGACGCUUUCUUGAGGGCUGAACUUUGCUCACACCCUCCUAUACACUUCCAGUACUCGUUAACGCAGUGUCCUCUUGGUUGUCUCACAUCUCCCCGCGGAGGCGUGCCCACGGCGCUCAAAUACAGCGCUGCAGACGCGCGCCUGACUCAUUGGGUUUGUCAGAGCGUACAGUGAGGUAAGCAGAGCCGCGCUGCCCACGCCGAGGAGAACAUGCGAUAGUCUCGAGACUCGAACCAUAUCCACUCCCCACACUGAGAAACAGCGCGUUCGUCUCAGUGUAUCGUGAAGCGCCGUUGCAGAUUUAGGAGAGAAAAGUUUUAUGAGGUGACAAAAGCUACAACGGUUUGGACGUCCACUUUCCAUUCAGCUGUUUGCGGAGGACGCAUGCUUUACCUGUGCCGGACCAAAAGCAAGGAUUGCAUGAAAGAUCUCAAGACUGUACUGAGUUGCGCCACACUGGGAGGCUUGCUGGAUAAGCAGGAGAAGCAUCCCUGUGACUCCAAAAGAGUGUCUCCGCUUCUAUCUUCUCCCACGAUGGCCCUGGCCUCCUUCCAUCUGAUGCAAACUCUAAGGAACUCUCCGGCGGCUCUGCGUCGACGAUUCCGUCGCGACCGAACGGAGAGCCUGUCUCACGGCGAUCCCCUCUUCAAGGUGCACUACCUCGGCACUGAAAAGAUCUUCUCCCUGGACUUGGAGCAGGCGGAGGAUGCCAUUGAUCGACUCCUGGAUGGAGCCCCUGGGAAGCUUUCUAAAGAUCACGCUCUAGUAGUGCGACCCCGAUAUGUGGAAGUUAAAGAACUGAGCACCGGAAGGCAGCUCACCAAGACCUACUUGCAGGAUAUCGCGUACUGUGCCUCGCACACGGCCAGACCCAAUGUGUUUCUGUACAUCUGCAGGCAGCCCGGUCAGCAGCUGCAAUGCAGAGUGUUCUGGUGCAGUCGGGCAGAAAGGGCGAAGGACAUGACCGCCUGCCUGGCAAUGUCGUUUCAGAGAGCACUAAAUGACUGGCAGGGUGGAUGUGCCACGUUGCCGCAAGGGGAAGGGAUCACUAAAGAGCCAGAGAUUUCUGGUACACCCACUGCACCCAAAGGUUCAACAUUGCCAGCCAGUUUGGGAAAAGUCCGUUGGAAGAAGAGGGGGUCGGUGUCCCGCAGUCCUCUCCGUGCCAUUUCCAGAAGUGGUUCUGCCAGUGACAACUGGCAUUGAUGGGCCCCGUCCCACCCUGAACCUUGACCACAUUCAUUUUGUGAUGCUUGGGAUUUUCCAGCAUAGAAUGUGAGCAAAAGGACAACCACACCUACAACUGGUGGAACUUUUGAGCUUUGAUAGAGUUUGCAACUCAACUUCAGAGUCUGUAUUCUAAACAGCCACUGAAUUUGAGUUUAUGGAUUUACCAAAUUGAUGAAACGUAGGUUUCCAGAGAUCACUUUUUUUGGUUUAGGAAAAUGAUGGGUCCAGUCAUGCUGGUAUAAAUUUCAUCUCAGUUUGCUUAAGGACUAUGAGACACAACCAAAACUGCUAACCUGAGCUGAACUGGUAUCUAGAUUUAAAGCCAUGUACGUAUCACAGAGUUGAGUUUUUCUAGUCAGUCUCCUCCUGUGUGUACACUACAUGUCUGGGUAGUUUGUUAAUGUGACUGAUGAGCAGUCAGACAGGCUUUGUUUGUAUUAGAGGUGUCAGGUGAGGAUCUGUGUGGGAAGUGGGUGGAUGCAUGAUGGUAAACAGUAGCAGGACCACAACAUAAAAGUAAGCGCUUUGGAAAAGUGUUUCUAUCCCAAAUGCACAAUGGAUACAAUGAUUUUUAUGUUGUAAAUGGGCAUUUUAAAGACAAUCAGUUUUAUUCUAAACUACUGUAUGCUUUCACAUGCUCUUUUUUUAUAUAUGGCCAUAACCUCCACAUUAUUACCAAUGACUGAAUUAUUAUUACACCAUCAAAUGUGUACUGUAUUAUGUACUGCAUAAUUGUAUACUGGCUUGACAAUCAGGACUGGUUGUAAUUUGGCAUUUUGGUACUGAGAUUCUUGUUUCUUGUUGUCUAUAAUUUGCCUGGUUCUGCCUCAGUUUGCCAUUUUUAUUCAGCUUUGAAUAAUUCCAAACAGAUAAUGAAAAUUAGCAGUAUUGCUGUGUGCUCUUAAAAUGAGAAUAUUUUUUUUAUGACAUCAGCCCAUUUUUCUUUGAGAAGAAAAAAGCCCAAUAAGUCACUGUCUCUAGGCAACAUCAGAAUGCUGACUGAUUCAAAGGUAUGCUUGCAUAGAGAGUCAUGUCCUUGAAGAAGCAGCAUCUUUGCACUGCAGUUAUAUGUAGUUAGUAAAUUGCAAGGAAGCCUUUUUAAGUGGCCUGGUUGCAUAAACCAAAUAUUUUAUAGGAGGACACCCUGAUUUCCUCAUACAAAAGAUUGUCCAGCACCCUAAGUAGCUAUUUCCCUAACACUGUUACAUAUGCUCACUAAGAAUCGCAUUAUAUAUCACAGUAGUAUACAGUCGGUGCCUCACGGUAUUAGAAAUUCUGCCUCGUGCUAGGCCAAUUACAUCAAAGGAUUUCUUUUUUCAUUUUAUCCUUAUGGAUUUUAUUUAAAGUCGUAUUAAACCGUAUCUCGCAUUACAACGACCUCAGAUCUGUUGUUGGAUCUGUUCUGUCUGCUUUAUGAGGUGUUUAAUGUUCUAUGAAUGUUCUUGUACCUUAUUUGAAACCUAUUUUUGUGUAGAUACUUAAAUAUUAAAUGUAUUUUAUGGAAUAUUAAACUUUUUAUACAUGAAA